AUGCGUCAGCUGAGUGAGCCUGCUAAGGUUGCAUUAGCGGACAAUCUACCCCUGCGCAUUCCGACCACUCGUGAGUUGGAUGCAAUGAUCUUAUCGUUCACUCAGCGUAUUUCUGAUGAUAGCGUUUAUGUUGCUAUGGAAGCCGAGAAUCUCGACUCUAUGAUGAGAUCUCGCAGUUCUUAUGCUGGUCAAAGCAUAGCUAGAGCCUCAUUCAGUCUCAAACCAG